AAAAAAAAGGAGGAAGAAGGAAGAAAACAGCUGUGAUAUGAUGUUCAGUUGAUGUCAACAUAGCUAACCACAAACAUUGGAAUGUUUUAAUUUUAGCAGCGUUUCCCCUUAAAGAACUUGGACAAGAAUCACUAGGGUUUCAAUCUGCAAUGAAACUAGGUCUAGGCCUUUUCAUCUGAGGCACUGGCAGAAAUAAAAGGAAGGUUUCCUGUAUGAGUCAGUGUCUUGCAGUCCCCCUACUGAGGAUGUAUCUAUUGCUGUCUCACAUUGAAAGAGAAUGAACGCUGAAGCUAUUGCAAGUUUUAAACCAGGGCUCCUCUCUGGCGUAAGAAAAUUAGCAAACAACCUUGGUCAAAGCCAAAGUCAGCCUCAUCACCAGAAUGGUCGUAGUCCUACAUCAAGUGCUGAGGAGCCUGAGACCGAUGGGAAAGUUAAAACCAAACUUAUGUCAAUGUGGAAUAACAUGAAGUAUGGGUGGACAGUUAAAGUGAAAACUAACUUUUCGAAAGAUUCCCCAGUUUGGUUAUUGGGUCGUUGUUAUCAUCCUGUGGAUCAUCAUCCCUUGGAUGACACACAAGCUAUUGCCUGCAGUGAAGAUAUGUUAGGGGUGUUUGUGGAGGAGGAAGGCAUAGAAGCUUUCCGCAGUGACUUUCAAAGCCGACUAUGGCUUACUUAUCGCCGCGAAUUUCCCAUAUUGAAUGGUUCAAAUUUUACAACUGACUGUGGAUGGGGAUGUAUGCUUCGUAGUGGACAAAUGCUUCUGGCACAGGCACUAGUCUGUCACUUUAUUAAUAGAGACUGGAGAUGGCGGCCAGAAGAACCCUUAACAACUGGGCUCAUGAAUCGCAAUGACAAAAUGCAUCGUGCCAUUAUCAAAUGGUUUGCUGACAUUCCUUCACCAGUUAGUCCAUUUUCCAUUCAUACUCUUGUUCGUCUUGGAGAAGAGUCUGGCAAGAAAGCUGGAGACUGGUAUGGACCUGGGUCUGUGGCUCAUUUACUAAGGAUGGCAGUUAAAGCAGCAGCAGAGGAAUAUGAUGAAUUUGAAAAAUUGUGUGUAUACGUUGCUCAAGAUUGUGCAGUAUAUGUGCAGGAUAUAAUUGAUUUAUGUGAAAAACAUGAAAAUGGAGGGAGCAGGAAGUAUUGGAAAUCUGUUAUAAUUUUGGUCCCUGUGAGAUUGGGAGGAGAAAAAAUGAACUCCAUAUAUGCUCCUUGUCUUACUUCAUUGUUGACCCUGAAACAUUGCAUUGGCAUAAUUGGUGGAAGACCAAGACAUUCACUUUAUUUUGUUGGCUACCAAGAUGAUAAACUUAUACAUUUAGAUCCACAUUACUGUCAAGAGCGUGUGGAUGUGUGGCAACCAAACUUUCCUCUAUCUUCUUUCCAUUGCCGAUCACCGAGAAAAAUGCAUUUGUCUAAGAUGGAUCCCUCUUGUUCUAUUGGCUUCUACUGCAAAACAAGAGAUGAUUUAGAUGCCUUUGUUCAAGAUGUAAAAAAGUGUCUUGUACCGCCAAAUCAGAAGUCAGAGUACCCAAUGUUUGUGUUUUGUGAUGGUCGCAGCCGAGAUGCAGUAAGCCUACCUCGAUUAAGCAUCCCUGAGGAUGACAAUGCUAUUGGGUUUGACAGUGAUAAUUAUAUGGAGUGUGAAGAGUUUGAAAUCUUAUGAUGGCUAUACAGUACAACCAUAACCCCUUUAAUACUUUUUCUUGGUGUGGGCAAAGAAGUGUAUUAGGAAGCAUUUUUAUAUCAAAUAGUUCUUGACAGUCCUUUUGUCCAGAGUAAGGGAACUAAGACUAAAUACCCAAGUCCCACAUUAUUUCAGAGUUGUAAGUAGCAGGAUGUAAGACCAGUUCCCUUUUGCAAAAUUAGAAAUUUUGAGAAAGAAUAACACAGGUUCUGUAUUUUUAUCUUAAAAAAAACUUACCUAGAAAUUUAUUUUGAAAUUAAAUAAAUCCUCAGCUGAGGAAUUCUAAGACUGUUAAAGCAAGUUAAGUGUUUGAAUUCAUCUCUAUUUUCAGGGUUUAAGUGAUAAUUCCCUGAACAGAAAAUGUUCAGGAAUGAAUACCCACAUAAGUUUUUGUUGAUGGUGGGAUCAGUAAAACAACUUAUGGUUAGAUUUUAUUUUUCAUUGCAUAUGUUUCAAUCAAAGAAAUUAAAAAUUUUGCACACUUCAUGCUGUGUUCAGUUCUAGCUUGCAGCCCAAAUAAUGCAGUCUGCUGUCAGCAGAUUUUGCUUUCUUAUUUAAAAGGUACAAAUACCUUACCUAAUUGAUCUCAGAUAUGUUUCCCUUGUUCAUCAGUUGAGGAAAUACCAGGGUUUUAUAGCUAAGUACUAAUCACUUAAAUUACUGUAUGAUGUUUCACCAAUUGUGUAUAUUUAUCUUUAAGGAAUUGGAAGAUGUGCCUUGAGAUUUUAGAAACGUACUAAUUUGAGGACACUGUAACCUUGUAAUUUUAAAAACUACAUAGUACUUUUUGGUGUAUCCUAACUUAUUUGUGGUUGUGCAAUAUUUCUUAAUAUUUUUAUCAUGCACAUACAUUUCCUAAACUGUUAAUGUUUAUGUUAAUGAAGUUCCUUUAUCUAAGAUUUCUCUUAAAAGUGUGCUCUCAAAGCCAUAUGCUCUCAAAUGCUCCAUGAAAACAACGAUAUUAACAUGUCGGUACAUCUACUGGUACAGUCAUGCCAUCCAUCCUAUAUCAUCCUUAUAUUAAGGUAACAACAUGAGAAGAAAAAGAAAGGUAAGCCUGACUUUAAGGCUUUGGCCUAUGUUACUGUACAAUGUAUGGUACUUGCUUGUGUUGAACUGACGCAAAAAUUCAGAAAUUAUAAAAAUUCUCCCCUAAAAGUGGAAAUUUUAUUUUGUUAAUGUGUGUGCUUGUUAUAGGUGUACAGGACUUAGUUCAUUGAAGGUAGACUUACCUACCUUUGUUAAUGUAAAUAUUUUCCAUAGCUGUUGUAGACGCCUUCCUCUCCCCUCCCGUGUAGUUCUUUCACCCAACUUAACAUACAGAAACAAAAAUCAUUAUCUUUUUGCAUGUGAUAGUGUAAAAAGUCUGUUAUUUAAAAAAUAGCUUCUGUGAUUUUGAUGUGUGAAGUUUGUAUAAAUACUUUAUUUGUAGUCUGAUUUUGUGUACAUACAUUCUUACUUGUAUUAUUUCUGUAAAAAGAGUUUUAUUCAGAUAGUCAAAGUUUUGACUGGUAGCUAUAUUUUUGUUUGUAAGUGAAAAGAUUUCAAGACAAGAGAUCAUUGUGAUGUUCCUGUUGUAAAAUUUGUUAUGGGUUGAGCUUUAACUAACUGUAGAAAAAACAUGUGAUGUUCUACCAAUGAUUUAGGCUGUAGUUUUCUUAAAAGUAAGGUCCAUCUCAAAAUUCUGUUAGAAACCAUCUGAUUUUCCACAAAUGUGGCACCUUUUAUGAUGGACAUAGGCUAUACUCAUAUUGCUUUGUUUCAAUUCUGACUAUUUUGGCUCUAGGUUUUGAUUGGAAAAAGAACAUACAGUAAUCACUGUCUUUGUGUUUGUGAAUUUUGUUUGUUGUCUGUAUGAAGUUAAUUGUUACGUGGUUCUUGCAUUCAGGUAUGCUAUAUAGUGAUUUGUGUUUGAGUGUGUAGAAACGUUCCUUGAACAUAAUUUUUUGUUGAGAUUAGUGCAUGCAGUGUUUUCAUUACAUAAAUGUGACUAUUUCAACUUAAAAUUUUAUGUAACCUCCAAGAUCUUAACAGAAUCUCAUGCUUCAUAAAAGCAUCUCCGUUAAUUAA